AUGAAAUCAGCUAAUGCAAAAGAAGAUACAAUUUCACAAACAUGUGACAAUAGUACUACAGAAGACGUCGAUGAACAUUUAUAUACGGGGCCAUUGAAAAUAGAACAAUUACUUGCAAAAGGAUUUGUUAAAAGAGAUUUAGAAUUACUUAAAGAAGGCGGUUUGCAAACUGUCGAAUGUGUAGCAUAUGCCCCUAUGCGUACAUUAUGUUCCAUUAAAGGUAUAAGUGAACAAAAGGCAGAAAAAUUAAAAAAGGCAUGUAAAGAAUUAUGUAAUUCUGGUUUUUGCAAUGCAAUAGACUACCAUGAUGCUCGACAAAAUUUAAUAAAGUUUACAACUGGAUCAAAACAGUUAGAUGCUUUAUUAAAAGGAGGAAUCGAAACUGGUGGGAUUACUGAAUUAUUUGGAGAGUUUCGUACUGGAAAAAGUCAGCUUUGCCAUACAUUGGCUAUAACAUGUCAAUUACCAAUUGAACAGUCUGGAGGUGAGGGUAAAUGUUUAUGGAUUGAUACAGAAGGAACAUUUAGACCUGAACGUAUUGUAGCUAUAGCUAAAAGGUAUGGUUUGCACCCAACAGAUUGUUUAAAUAAUAUAGCAUAUGCUAAAGCAUAUAAUUGUGAUCAUCAAACAGAAUUAUUAAUAGAUGCAAGUGCAAUGAUGGCAGAUACAAGAUUUGCUUUAUUAAUAGUGGAUUCAGCAACCGCUUUAUACAGAUCAGAAUAUACAGGAAGAGGAGAACUUGCUAAUAGGCAAUCACAUUUAUGCAGGUUUUUAAGAGGGCUACAACGAAUAGCUGAUAUAUAUGGGGUUGCAGUAAUAAUAACUAAUCAAGUUGUUGCAAAAGUUGAUGCCAUGAGUAUGUUUGGAGGGCACGAAAAAAUUCCAAUUGGUGGAAAUAUAAUUGCACACGCAAGCCAAACAAGAUUGUAUUUAAGAAAAGGUCGAGGUGAAAGUCGAAUUUGCAAAAUUUAUGAUUCUCCAGUUUUGCCUGAAGGCGAGGCUGUAUUUGCUAUAACAGAAGGUGGAAUAGCAGAUUAUGAAGAAAAAUAA